CGAAAAAUCUUGCAGAAUCAUCCGGUCUCGGGCAGGAAUGUUUGUUUCUCGUUAUGCGGUCAUCUAUUACGCAUUUUCGAGACUGACCCUGUCAGCAUCAGCACUUCACCCGCAUACAGUUUUAGGGAACCGAAAGACUACGAAAAGAUCAUCUGUGCCAUCGCUCUGCUGUCCGGACCACCCUGCCUCGUAUCGGAACAAUGGCAGCCAUCUCCUCAAGAGAACUUAUCGGUACGAAAAGCCGAUGGCGAUCUUGUUGAAUAUCGUCUAAAGAAUAUCCGAAGGCUCGCUGUCUCGCCCGUGCUCUGGGGCUCAAGAACCGCUGCUUGGGCGGCCACAGCGCAGCGUGUCGACAACGUCGAUGCAACGCUUCCGCACGAAGCAUUGCCCUUGGUCAUCAAGAGUAGCUGGUUACCGGACAGAUUCUAUGAUCACGAGCUGGACAUGGUCGGACACAUAGAUACAGCGCGGAGUAGAUGCAUCGCAGAAGGGGAAGUCGUGCCUCUGCUGCCAUUCCCUGUGGGUCAUGCUAUCAACGGGAUCCCCGGGAGCGAGAUCCGUCUCGACAGUUGGAGAACAGCGGAUGGGCGUACAAGAAACACCACGAUCAUCACGUUUUGUACCGAGGGAAAACACGUUGACGAGGAUCUACCCACCUUGCGGAACCACGUCCGCUUCCAUCGAAGUCUCACUCAGACUAUACGAUGGCUUGCCAAGAUCGGUCUCCACUACCGCGACCUGAACAAUGGGAAUGUUCUGCGAAGCGCUACGGGAUACUGCGUUCUCAUCGACUUUGGUAACGCUCGCUAUCUCAAGACGCCGCGGGGUCAGACUGGGGAUCAGCCAGUCGGAGCGCUGGAUUUGAGCAUGGACGAUGCUCGAUCUGGCACGUUGAUGUUCAUGAGCCGGCGAAUCCAUGGACUGACGAACAAAAGGGACACGCACAUGAGAGAUAAGAGACAAUAUGAGCUAGAUUGCGACAAACUCGCGGCUAUGGACGACGAUGACCCUUACCGACCGAUCGAGCUCAGACGAUGCGAAGACAAAAAAAGGAAGCUCGAGAAGCAACGUUCAGAACUGAUGAAUCUACACGCCCGACACUGCUAUGUAGACGAUGCCGAAUCUCAGCUGUAUCUCAUGAUGCAACAGGUCAGAAAUCUGGUUAUCUCUUCGAUCCUGCUGGGUGCUGAUACACCUCCGAACACUAUGCCAGAUCCUUUACUCCACCGGUGGAAUCAGCAGUUUUGAGGUGAUGGAGGAUCUUCAUGAGAAGGAGCUGUUCUGGGAUGACACCGAUGUCCCUCUCAACGACGCCGAGGAACACAAUCUUGACUG